AUGGUCGGGUCCUUCUCGGAAAAUGUCGACGCCAACUACGACGGCAAGUACUUCCAGACACCAUACAAAAAGCUGUACCUUGUGUAUCAGAAGCAGAAGUCCCAGUCACCAAAACGUGAUGGCGUCGUCGCAUGGCCAAUGAACGACCCUACAACCUUAACACCUGGAACCAAGCCUACUUUUUUAUUACUUCCAGACGAAAACCUAAACUCGGAGAAUUAUGUCGCUGGCAAUGACUCCUUCAAACUUAUCGAAACGGGUAACAUCCAUGCCAUUCAUGGCAAGUUCUCAGAUACGUUCCUGCCCGUCCAUGGUCAGCAUUAUCGCAAGGUGGUAAAGGACAAUCCUGAUCAUCUCUGGAAUUCCAAGGGCAACAAGGAGGUCUACUACCUUCUUCAAGCUGAGAAGCAGGAUGGCUGGCACUACGUCGGCGAUCAGGUCCUUGCGCCGGGUGUGCCGACUGUUGCUCAGAUCGGCCCCAAUAACAGCUGGGCUUUGUUGUUCGCGGGAUAUAACCCUGAUGAUGCGCCGUUUAAAGAGGGCACACAUAAAUUUCAGGCCAACCAUCGUCGUCCAUUCUUUGCUAAGAUUGAUGUGAAAGUCCCCGAGAAUCUUUCAGUUAAGCAGCCGACCGACGCACAAUUGCAGGACUGGAUCACGCCUAGCCAUUGA